GCUGCGGGUUGGACACUGCUGCCUCGCUUGAAGAGUCAGUGUGUGUGAGCAAAUACACGACGACUUCCUCAGCACCGGAGCGCAGGGAAUCCUGUGAAAAACAAUCCUGCACUCAAGCUCAAAACUCCACUUUGGGGUUUUUUCCUUUGAAGAAGAAGCCAUGAAGACGCCACUUUGGGUCCUUCUGUUGUUGAGUUUGUGUGUCCCGAGUCGUAGUGACUGCCAGGGAGAUUGUUUAACCUGCGCGCUUCUCCUGCCUCCACAGCAAAGUUUUAACACCCUUGUGUGUUUGCUGGAAUGUGAGGCGCAGACUUUCCCCGCCCAAACCUGGGAUCUCUGCUAUCAAGUAGUGGGUCUAAACCCAGCCUCACUGCCAUCACACGACUUCUCGAAGCGUACGGAAGACCAAGAAAAGCCUCUGGCUGUUGUGAAGAUGGAAGAUGAAGGCGUGGAAUACUCGGAAGCACUGGAGCGAUUCCGUCACAUGGCUCAGGCGCUCAACAGCCAAGAACCUUCUGAUGAGGCACAAAAAUCAGAUCAGUUUCCAGAAAACUAUGACAUGGGGAUCGACUCCCAGGUGGAGGAUGAAGAGGAUGAGAAAGAACGAGCGGACAAGAGGGAAGAGCAGGACCAAGACGGCGGUGCCGCUCUCAAUCUGUCCAAACGCUUUGGCGGCUUUAUGAAAGGCCGUCACGGCUUCCGUAAGCUGGUGAGCUCCGGCAGACCCUUGCAGAAGCGCUACGGCGGCUUCAUCGGGAUCCGCAAGUCGGCCCGCAAGUGGAACAACCAGAAGCGCGUGAGCCAGCUGUUGAGGCAGUACCUGAGUCUCACCGCACGCACAGGCCGCUCAGGUCAAUUCGCCAACCUGUCUGCGGCUGCGGUUCGACAAAAAAACGAGGUUUAACCACCCUGCAGUAGGUGCUGAUCUCUUCUCUUACCUCCAUCAUGUACCACAUCCAAGAUGAGCUAAAAGAUAUUAACAAGAUUGCAUUGAUAUCCAAUGAGGAAUGUUUUUUUUUGUUUGUUUGUUUGUUUGUUUGUUUCCACUAUGUGCUCAC